AUGAGCGGCAACAAUGCCUACAGUUCUUUUGCCUCCAAUCAUCAAUACGGAGGAGAGGAAGAUGACGACGAUCAGUAUCAUGAAGAGGUUGAAGACAAUUUGGAAUACGAUAAUAAUUUAGAUGAUAGUUCUUAUAGAAAGAGAAACUAUUUGACUUACGAGGAAUAUGAAUUGGAUGAAGAGGACGAGAGAUUAAUAAGAGAGGAAUUAGGAGAGUAUGACCCUGAAAAUAAUCAGAGCCAAAUGGAACAACACGAAGAGGAGGAAAACUUUGAUGAUAUUACCGAAGAGUUCUUAUUAUCAAAAGUAAAUGAGCUCAACAAAUUGGCUAUCCAAAUUGAUGUGCUGAGUUUCGGAGGUGACCAACAAGAAAUAGAGGAGACUAGAGCUCAGAUGGACAAUAUAAUAGCCUUCAUCUGCAAAGUUACUAAAGUCAAGAGAAAUAUAGAAAAUUACAUCAAAUCAGAUAAUAAGCGUAUUUCUUCAUCCCUUCCUUCAUUGUUCAUUGAUUUAAAAGCAGAUAUUAGGAAGUUGUUUCAUACAGAAAGGUCAAUACUCUCACAUACAUCAUUCAAUACUACCCAGGAGCAUAAUGAACCUGAGGCUCCUAGGGAAACAAAACACUAUAACAGUGUUGUUGAUCACCAUGUAGAAGCUUCGGGAGAAUAUGAAGAUGAUGCAGAGCAGUAUCAUCAGGAAGGGGAUGAGGAAGAACAUUAUCAAGAUGAAGAAGAACAGGAAGAACAUGACGAAAAUCACAAUGAAGAAGAACAGGAGAAUGAACAAGAAAUGCCUGAACCUUAUGAACCAUACGAGCCAACCUAUUAUGAAGAUGAUGUAGAUUAUACACUUGAUGCUGAAGAUGAUGAGCUUUCCAACAUAUCAGAGGAUGAUUCAGAUGAUAUUAAACAGUUAGAUUUUCUAAGGGAUCAAUGUACGAAGAAGAGUAUUGAAUUAAUUCAAGCAAGAAAUGAGAGAGAAAAGGCCUUAACCACCUAUCACUGCAAUGAAAUGAUAAGGAAAGACCCAAAUUCAAAAGAAAAAUAUCAGUUGGUGCAGCAAUUGAUUAAUAAUUGCCGUGCUGAGCUGGAUAAACUUAAUAAGGAAAUUGAGAGAUUCAGUAGAGAAGCCAUUGAAAUAAGGAAACAAACAGAGAUUAACAAACCAACGAGACCAAAACCUAAUAAGAAAUUGCCAAAAACUCCUGAAAAGAAGAGGAUUGAGAGAAUUGAACAUAUGGUUCAAGAAAUAACAACACCUCGUGCAAAUAAGGAUUCGGUUGUAAUGUUGACACCUUCACAAUUAAAGGAAAGACAAGAAAACAGUGAUCUUCAGAAUAUGUACAAUAGACUGGAAGCAAGUUUGUCGAAAACCCCUCAGGCUAAAGAGUAUGCGGAUGAAAAACCAAAAGCAAGCAAGCCAAAGCCUCCAAAGCAGCCAAGUAAUAACACAAGGUCAGUGGAUCCAAAUCUCUCAAUGGAACCAUCAAAAGAAAAGACAAGGCCAAUGUCAUCCUCUAUAGCUGUGACUUCUGCCAAUGACCCAAGAAAGAAAGCUCAAGAAAGGUUAAAGGAAAAAAUUCAAAAAGAAAAGGAACAAAAGGAAAAGGAAGAUUUGGAAAAGGCAGAAAAACUCAAAAAGUUGGAAGAAAUAUGCAGUAAGCAACAAACUAUCAUCCUCGAAGAAAGAAAAGCUCUAACAACCAAAAAAUAUCUCGAGGAAAUCCUUUCAGAUGAUUCAGAUGAGGAAAGAAUGAAAGAAAUGGAGGAUGAAGAAAGAAGAAGAAUGGAAGAAGAAAGAGUUGAAGAAGCCAGAAGAAAGGCGCUCCUUAGAGCUAAGGAAAAGAAAAGAAAAGAAAUAGAGCGAGAAAAAGAAAUGGAAGAAGAACGAAAAAAGAGAGAGGCUGAAAAGUGGAGAAAAAGGGAUGAGGGUCUAAUGGCAUUCAAGCUUAAACAAGAAAUGGAAAAGGAAAAGAAGAUGGAUGUGAGAACUUCAAAGCCAACUAUGCCACAACAAGCUCCACAAAUCAUAAAACCAAAACAACAAAACAAAGAAGCAAAGCCGUCAACCACUUCUCAAAAGACAAGAAAAUCAAUGCCAGCCACUGCAGUAACAGAUAGUCCUCUACUAGAUGGCCUCAAUACACGAGAUGAUGGCCACGACUAUUUACAAUUUUCACCACCACCGCCAAUGUUUAGUACCAGUAAACUAAAGAAAUAG